AAUGGUGUGAUGCUUGCAAAGAAUAGCAGAGUGGAGCCUGUGCGAUAAAACCGAUAUCAAGCGCCGUAAAGUAGGGAUGCACUCUCUAGCAAACCUUUUACUGAGCUACAAUCGUUCACAACACCCGAAAUGAGCCCCCAUAAGAGCAACUUCAUCCCAUCUAUUGCAUCCCUUCCGGAGUAUGGCAUCUCGAAGAACGGGUUUCUGCCUGCGGAACCGCCGUUGACUAGGCUACCGAACGACUACUACGAGCCAUGGGAGCGCAUAAUACAACAACUGCCAGCUCUUAUCGAGACGCGGCAGAUAAGGCGACAGGUGGAUGAGCUAGCCGUCCUCGACACCUCGCGUUUGAGCAGCGAGGCGGAAUGGCAACGAGCCUACUCACUGCUAGCUCUCAUUGCCCAAGGUUACAUCUGGCAAGGCCCAGAACCGUCACAGCGGCUACCCCCUGCCAUCACCAACCCACUUCUUCGGGCAGCAGAACAUCUCGAAGUCUAUCCUGUCGCAACAUACGCGGCGUUAAAUCUGUGGAAUUGGAGGCUGCUUGAGGAUGGUGCAGAUCUCACACAGCCAGACCGGCUCGAAGCACUCCACACAGCAACCGGAACUGAUGACGAGUCGUGGUUUUUGGUCAUCUCGAACGCCAUGGAAGCGAGAGCAGGACCGUUGAUCCAAACGAUGCUGGAGGCCAUGGAGGCGGUAGAAAUCGAAGACGCAAAAACGAUCAUCCGCAGCUUGAAGUACUCCACACAAAGUAUGCGGGACAUUGGUCGGCUUCUGGAGCGGAUGGAUGAGCGAUGCAAUCCGCAGGUAUUCUAUCACACCAUUCGGCCACUCUUGGCCGGCAGCAUGAACAUGGAAGCCGCAGGGCUGCCAAACGGCGUUUUCUACGGCGACGGCGAAGGAAAGGGCUCCUGGAGACAGUACCGUGGCGGAAGCAACGGGCAAAGCUCCCUACUUCAGUUCUUCGACGCUGUGCUCUCGGUCAAGCAUGCCCGGUGCGGAGGCUUCCACACAGAAAUGCGCCGCUACAUGCCAGGCCCACAUGCCAAGUUUUUGAACGACAUCGAAGCUUGUGCGAAUAUUCGCGGGUACGUCGACAGCCACCAAGACGAGAUCGACCUAGUCGCAGCUUUCAAUGAAGCAGUCGCGGCACUCAGCGGUUUCCGCGAUAAACACAUCUCUCUAGUGGCGCGGUACAUUAUCAUUCCAAGCCGGAUGGGCACGCUAGCGAAUGGCGCGAGUCGCAAGGACCUUGCUUCGGUGUCAACCAAAACGGCCUCCGAGAAGCUGCAGACGCAGGAACUGGUUGGAACCGGAGGCACUAAAUUCAUUCCAUUCCUCCGAACAUCAAGAGAUGAGACGAGCGAGGCGACCGUCGCUGGCCAGCCGUGAGACCUUGGGGGUACGUAAUCAGAGGAGACCACCGCUUGUUUGAUGGUCGUACAUGGGAAAGAGUGGAAUAUCGGCGAUGGAGGCGCCGUCAAGGGUAUGAGUGCCUGGUUGUAGGAAGUCCUGGAGCGCUUGGUCGUUCUCGUUGAGCCAAGGCAGUGCAAAGAAAUCUGCAUCAUAGAUGGUCCAGUCAGAUGGAGCAGUGGCAGAUGAGCCAUCUUGUUGCGGAGCAGAAGCCACAGGUGGGUGAUGAUUGAUGGAAUGGUUACG